AUGGAUGGGGAAGAUGUUAAGAAAGAAGGAGAAGAAAUUAAAGAAGGAGAAGAAGUUAGGGAAAGAGAAGAAGUUUGGGAAGGAGAAGAAGUUUUGGAUGGGAAGAAGUUAAGUAUAAAACAGAGUAUGGAUGGGGAAGAAGUUUGGGAUGGAGAAGAAGAAGUAGAAGAAGUUAAGGAGGAUGGAGAAGAAGUUAGGGAAGGAGAAAAAGUUAAGAAUGAAGAACAAGUUAGGGAAGGAGAAGAAGUUAAGGAUGGAGAAAUAGUUUGGGAUGGGGAAGAAGUGAAGGAAGGAGAAGAAGUUAAGGAAGAAGAAAAAGUUUUGGAUGGAGAAGAAGUUAAGGAGGGAGAAAUGAUUAUAGAUGGAGAAGAAGUUAAGGAAGGAUAA